GUUUGAUUUCGAUGAGCCAAACAGGAAGCGGAAACUGCGCACUGGUAAUCGUUGCUAAGGGUGACGUUGAUUUACAAAUGGUGGACAUGCAAAUAAAUUUUACUCUGGAUUGCUGAUUAAAACAGAAACAAUGUCAAUAGCAAUAGCCCAGGCCAGGCAUAUUUUUGGCCUGAAGUCAGGUGUUAGUGGUAACAUCUGCUACCAUGAUGAACAAACAAUUGUUUACCCUUCUGGGGCAAACUGCAUCUUGUUCAACAUCGACCAGAAGGUGCAGAAAUUCAUCCAAGGGACUGAUAAAAGUGAAGGAAUGACAGCAUUAGCUGUCAGUCCAAACAGAAGAUAUGUCGCUAUUGCUGAGAAACUUGAGAAACCAACUAUCACCAUCUACGAUCUGCACAGUCUUAGAAAAAGGAAGGUUCUUAGCUCCCCUGAUGUUGCUUCAAAUGAGUAUGUCAGCCUGGCAUUCAGUCCAGACUCCAAAUACCUUGUCGCCCAAGGGGGAAAGCCAGAUUACACACUCCUGUACUGGACUUGGGAGAAAUCAAAGGUGAUGGCAGUCACAAAGACCUCCAAUCCACAGACCAAUCCUCCGAUAUACCAGGUUAGUUUCAACCCACAAGACAAUACACAGCUGUGUGUGGUUGGCAAUGGCAUCUUUAAGAACUUCCGUUACAGUGAAGGAAACUUGAAAACAUUUAAUAUUCAAAAGGUAGAGCCACAAAAUUAUCUCUGUCAUGCCUGGGUAUCAGAAGAGAGAGUCAUUGUUGGAACAGACACUGGUCGUUUGAUGUUGUUUGAAGCUGGUGAAAUGAAACAUGAAUUCAACAUAGCUGCUCAAGAAAAAAAGCCUGGAGAGGAGGAUGUAUCUACAGGACCACCCCAGAUAACUGCUAUAGUCUCCUAUUCCAAGGGCUUUGCCUGUGCUUGUGGACAAGGAACUGUGCACUUGUUCGAGAAAACUGAUGACAAGGAUUUCUUUAAGAAAGCUAGAGAAAUUAAGAUUCCACAAGAUUCAAACAGUGCUGAUCCCACCAAGUCACAACAGCAGAUUAUCACCAGCCUGACAGUGAGUCCAUCUGAGGAGACUCUAGUUGCCAGCACGGACCUCAGCCAGCUCUACUACAUCACCCUGUCCAGUGCUGACAUUGGCAAGGGAGAUCAGGCACAGUUUGAAGUGCUUGCCCAGGCCUUCCAUUACAACCAGAUAUUGGGUCUUGAUGUUUGUGCAAGGAAACCUCUCAUAGCUACAUGUUCAAUGGACAAGUCUGUCAGAAUAUGGAACUAUGAAACUUGUAACCUAGAGUUGUACAGAGAGUUUGCUGAGGAGGCAUACAGUAUUGCCCUGCACCCCUCUGGUUUGUACAUCCUGGUGGGCUUCAGUGAUAAACUGAGGCUGAUGAACCUUCUCAUUGAUGAUAUCAGAACAUUCAAGGAGUUUACAAUUAGAGGAUGUAGAGAGUGUGCCUUCAGUAAUGGUGGUAACCUGUUUGCUGCUGUCCAUGGUAAUGUGAUUCAAAUCUAUUCAACCAUCACGUUCGACAAUGUCGCUAAUCUGAAAGGUCACAAUGGCAAGGUCAGGUCAAUUGUCUGGAGUGCAGAUGACAGUAAAAUUGUAUCUUGCGGUCUCGACGGUGCUGUGUAUGAAUGGGAAACAUUUACAGGGAAGAGAGUAGGAGAGUCUGUCCUCAAGUCCUGCCAUUAUACUGGUGUAGCAGUGACUCCAGAUGGAAAAACAACCUUUGCUGUCGGUUCAGAUAAAACACUGAAGGAAAUCUCAGAUUCUUCGAUUUUGAGAGAGGUAGACGCAGGGGAGGCAACCCUGACCAAUGUGGCUCUGUCACGUUCUGGUCGUAUGUUGUUUGCGGGUACAUCUAGAGGAACACUGUGGUCCUUGAAGUUCCCACUCACUAUCCCUGGUGAGUGGCAAGAACUACAGGGUCAUGGAAGCACUAUUUCAAAGAUGAAGAUAACCUAUGAUGACCAGUUCCUUGUAACCGUAUCCGAGGAUGCUUCAAUAAUUCUCUGGAAGAUUCAGGAUAAGGAAGGUCGUGGGGUCAAACGUGACAAAGAGGUCGGUUGGGCAGAGGAAAUUCUGAUCACAAAGAGUGAUCUUGAAGAAAAGAAUUCAAUGAUGGCAGAGCUUAAGACACGUGUUGAUGAACUGAAGAUGGAGAAUGGGUACCAGCUGAGAUUGAAAGACAUGAACUAUAAUGAAAAGAUUAAGGAGUUGACAGAGAAGUUCAUUCAGGAGAUGGAAUCGCUGAAGACGAAGAACCAGGUGCUGAAAACAGAUAAAGACAAGGAAGAAGCAAAGCAUGAAGAGGAAAUGGCUGAACUUAUGGAGAAGCACGGCAAAGAAAUGACUGAUUUAGAGUCUGCAAACAAUCAGAAGUUGAUGUUGGAGUAUGAGAAGUUCCAGGAGCAGCAAGCAAAGAUGAUGAAGAUGCAGGAAGACUAUGACAGACAGUUGCAGGAGAUGCAGGAUAGCAAACAGAGGGCAUUGGAGGAACUUACCGAGUACUACGAGACCAAGAUACAAGAAAUGACCACCAAAUUGGAACAGAGUAAUGAUGAGACACGUCAGCAAACUCGAGAAUAUGAAGAGACAAAGAAACAGAUUGAAGAAGAUGCUGAUCGGGAAAUUCUGGAUAUCAAAAACAAAUAUGAGAGAAGAUUAAGAGAUGAGAAGGAAGCCAACAUGAGACUGAAGGGAGAAACUGGUAUCAUGAAGAAAAAGUUCACAAGUCUACAGAAGGAGAUAGAUGAUCACAAAGAAGAGAUCAAGAAAUACCAAGCAGAGAAGGCAAAACUUGAGAACAUUAUCAGAAAUCUCGAGAAAGAUAUUCUUGGUCUCAAGAAAGAAAUACAAGAAAGAGAUGACACCAUUCAGGAUAAGGAAAAACGUAUUUAUGACUUGAAGAAGAAGAAUCAAGAACUUGAGAAGUUUAAGUUUGUGCUAGAUUACAAGAUCAAGGAACUCAAGAAACAGAUAGAACCUAGGGAGACAGAUAUCAAAAACAUGAAAGAACAGAUUCAAGAGAUGGAGAGCGAGUUGGAUAGAUUUGAUAAGCUCAACACACAGCUUGAGCUCAACAUUACUGAGCUCAGACAGAAACUCAAGGCAACUGAUAAAGAGAUGCACCAAGAGAGACAAAGGGUGAGAGAUAAGGAAGCUGUUGUCAAGAGAUUUAAGACAGAUCUUCACAAUUGUGUGGGUUACAUUCAGGACCCCAAGAUGUUGAAAGAAAGCAUCAAGGCUCUCUACCAAAAACAUGUACAAGAAGAUAUUACUGAAUCUGCAAGUGUAGAUGCCGACAUCCAAAAGGAAUACAGCCGUCAGAGAGAACAUCUGGAAAGAUCAGUUGCCUCCCUUCGUAAGAAACUCGCAAAGGAUUCAGAAAUACACAGAGCUGACAAUGUCAGAAUUAUGCAGGAAAAUGUGUCUCUCAUCAAGGAAAUCAAUGAUUUAAGAAAGGAGCUCAAGAUAGCCAGAACACAGAUCCAUGACCUGGAAGCCGCUGUCAAACAAUAUACAAAGAGAACCGGUGGUGAGGACUCCGACAUCUAUGCUGUGAUGCUAAAAGCACCUAAUGCAUUGGUUGAAAAUGAAUUAGAGGAGAAAAAUAAAAUAAUAGACAUGCAAAAGUUCGAAAUAAGAAAAUUACGUAUGGAAAUAGAAUCGGGUUCCCGGCCAGGAUCCUCUUCAAGACUGCCCCCUAUGCAAGCAGUUGAGUCUUCAGCAUAAUAUCAGUAAACAAACUAUGUUAUUGCACUUGUUUCAGUAAAUAUAAAAAAACAUUUUAACUCUGCAACUGAAUCUUGUUGUUAAUUGUUGAAGAAUUUGUACUUUACAUUUUAGUAAAUAUUUGACUGAUUCUAUUUUACCUUUGGCAAUAAUGCUUAAAUUUCACAUAUUUUUCUUGUCUCUGUGCUGUCUGUUAAAAUGUUACAAGAAAAAUACAGGUUGGGUGUAAAUUUCUUUUGUUAGAGGUAUAAGUAAUGAAAUUCAAUGUACAACUUCAGUGGCAAGACCAAUAAGCUAAAUUAGUGGACUGAUGCAUUGAAUUCUUUUAUAUAAAAAGAACACUAAAGUCUACAUGAAGAAGAAAGAAUUUCAGACUUAUUCCGUAUGGGUUUGCCACAUUUUAGCAUUUUCUGAGGGUGAAUUCUACUUUGUCUGUAUUAACAUGAUACUGUAUGUAGUGGUGUGGCUGGUCGUCUGUCAUAAAUAGUAUUGUUUCAUUUUAUCUGACUGGUUGUAAACUUCUUCAAUGGAUACUUGCUUUGUUCACCAUUAUUUAAAUCUGUGAUAUUUUUACCCGUCCUUAUUUUUACUUAAUGAAAGAAGUUAUACAUUGGUAUAUAUUUUUAUGUAUUUGAAUGUGUAUACAUUGAGAUGAUAAGAAUACAUGAUAAUCUAAGA